AUGGGCUGUACACCACUGCUCAAGGCAACAUCACAAGGAGCAACAGAUACAGUACAGAUGCUGCUUGAUGCGGGUUGCUAUAUAGAUGUACAAGAUGAGCAUGGGAAUGCAGCUAUCCACGAGGCAUGUUGGAAUGGAUUUAGUCAGACAGCAGAGCUUUUAGUGAAAUACAACUGUAAUGUGUGUCUUGUGAACAAGGCUGGUUUUACAGCACUUCAUCUGGCUGCUCAGAAUGGACACAAUGAAUGCUCCAGAGUUUUACUGUAUGCAGGCUGUAAUCCAGACAUCAAAAACAAUUAUGGGGAUACUGCUUUACACACUGCUGCAAGAUAUGGGCAUGCUGGAGUAACCAGAAUUCUGAUCAGUGCUCGCUGUAAAAUCAGUGAACAAAAUAAGAAUGGAGACACAGCGCUGCAUAUUGCUGCUGCACUCAAACGCAGGAAGAUAGCAAAGAUCUUAGUAGAGUCUGGCAUAGAUACAGAACUAGACAAUAAACAACAUGAAAAAGCAAUUGAUGUUGCCAAAAGGAAGGAAUAUCCAGAAAUCAUACUGAUCAUCACAUCCUAUUUAAAACCAAAACUUCCUCCUGGCCAUCGGUUCAACAAUGAGCAGAUUGGUAUCACAAUUAAAGAACCAGUAACCACUGAUAACAGAUUGGAAUUCUGCCCAGAGGACGAGUCACUUCAUAAGCAUGAGCCCAAGGUUGACAAGCAACAGAAAGAAAGACGCUUUUUCUUUUUUAAGAAAAAGAAGAAUAUAGAAAAAGCUACUGCAGUGCCAGUAGGUAGCUACAAGAAACCUGGCACCGGACAUGAGAAACCUGCAGUGCAGGGUUUUUUCUCUCAUUAUGUUCCUCGAGAUGGUGUACAGUUCUACAGAGAUCUGGCAGGCAAUAUCAAACAGGGUCCUAUUGGAUAUGCCCCUGUAUGUCAAUGUGGCCCAUCUCUGAGACGACUCGAGAACAACAUUACUGAUACACGUGAAUCGCUGCAGAAGCACAUCAAUACUUCACACCAUCUUUUGUCUCAGCGAAUAGACAAUUUAGACAUUCGAACAAAUCAACAGGCUUAUGCUACAGAGGUUUUAAUAAAUGAUAGAUUGCAGAAUGAGAAAGAUGCCUGCCAUGGCAGGAUCACAGAACGUUUGCAAGAAGAAAGACAGGAAAAUCAAACCAGAUUUAAUCAAGCAAAUGAAAAUAUAAAGGAAGAGCUCGAGUAUUGGUUAAAUGACAGACUAGCAAGCUAUGGACACUGUCUGGAUCAUCACCAUGAUGAUUCGGCACUCCCACCACGAAACUUAUUUGUUGACUUUCCUACCUCAGGAAGACUGAUACGUUCAAGAUCUGAUGAAACACUUUCAGCUUCUGAUUGCAGUGGCAAAUUUAGGAAGAAAGAUUUUUAUGCAUCAAGAAAAGCAGCUAUGCAACAUAUACGUGGCUGGGAUGUUGCAGCUUUUGGCAGUUUCGGUGACAUGAACAAAUCAAGAUAUAAAGAAAGAAAUAAUAAUGUAAUUGCAGGCAGCAACAAGGUAGUUACACAUGCACUUACACAGGCACUAGAGCAUACUGCAGAAAAUCUUCAAAACUGUGAAAAUGAACAUGAUGCUUUCAACUCAGGCAAAAACUUGAUACCAUCGCCUGGUAAUCUGACCCCUCAUUAUAGCAACACAGAAAAGACUGGCAUCAUGAGUAGAGGGGGGAACUUACCUUGGAAGCAGAAUGUUUCCAAAACAGCUCCAGAAAAAGACUACAUAAACAAAAAAAGAUCUAGAGUAACAUUCUCAAAGGAUCAGCAGAAACAGCAUCUUGAGCAGUCACAGCACCAUUCUCUGUCUGCUUCACUUUCUCUUGGUAACUCACAUAAUCAAAUGGAUCAAGUCAACCAGAGCAGACAAAACUUCAGAAGUUCUGCACAUGUAAUUAGCCCUGCUUCCCAAAAUAAUAUGGGGCACAGUAUAGCACCAGCUAUUCAACAUUCAAACUGGUCACAGCAGAAUUUACCCAAAGGGGGUCCUCCAAACACAGGCAUAAAGUCCAGUGAGCUGGGGGACUCCCACAAACUCUUGCUCACUGGUCGAGACAAACUGCAUAUCAACAAAAAUUCCGGGUUCCAAAGUUAUAACCAGAAACUAGCAGACUGCGAGGGCAAGUAUAGUUCAAGAACUCUAUCCACUGAUUCUCUUCUUAAUGAGAGCAGUUUAUCAUAUUCAAGAAACAUUGCACGAUGUCAUAGUGUGGAAAAUGCUUUAGAUGGUGAUUCAGAAACUGCAACUGCCUAUAACUCUGGCUAUUUAACAGACACUGCUAUAAAACAUUCUUCCACAGGAAGCAGCUCGCAAGUGAUUGACAGCCGAAGUCUGCACCCAGCCAGUACAUCUUUGCGUGCCACCCAUAGAUACCGUCUUCCUGAGACAUCAACUAGCCAGGAUGAUGCAUUGUUUGGGCUUAAUGGUGCUCCUUUCAUUAAUUUCCCACAGCAAAGUAAUAUUUCAUUUAAGCCAGCAAUAGAACGAGUACAAAGUCCUACAUAUUUUAGCACACUUAAUCAAAUUGUUGAUCCUGAUAAAGAGAUAAUGGCUUUGCCAAUGUUUAAACACUCUUUAAGAGAACAUAUACAGCCAGCAUCACUGUACAAAAGGGUCAAUAACCUUGAUAAUAAAAACACUGACAGAUCAGAAUCAGAGAAUGAUUGUUUGCAACAUGACAUUUUAGUUAAUUCAAGCACCAUAGCUCCCCCUGCAUAUGCUCAAGGAAACAAAGAAGAUAGUACUUGUAGCAGUAACCAAGAUUCUGGAUACCAUGGGCAAGGGCUGAAGAGGGGUAUUGAUACAAGUGGCGGAACACCCAGCUCAUCUUUUAGUGCAGAAAGAAGUGGCUGCAAUACUCCAAGUAACACUGAUUCACCAUACAUAACUCAUAGUGAACUUUCUAAUGACAGAAUGAAAACUUCAACAAACAAUUAUCAUAUUUCUACAAAUCCUAAAUAUGGCAAUGAAUGUCGGUUAUCAUCAGAUAUUGGACCUAAUAAGAAUAUUAACAGCCAUUCUAGUAUUUCAAGAGGUGAUAUUCCUUAUACAGGAAGCAAUUGUAAUAAUUACAAUUCAGAUGUGUUGUAUGUUAAUAGCAAUUCUAAGGUACCAUCAUAUGGAAAUGUAACUUUAGGGGAUGUUUGGAAUAAAGUGUUAGAUAGCACGCAUCAAAGCAGCAGCAUUUGCUAUGACAAAUUAUCACAUAUGCCACCUCCUUCAUUGUCCUCUAAGCCAGCAGAACAUGGCCCGAGUAGCUAUAACAGUAAUAGGUAUUCUCAUACUGGUUGUGAUAGCAAUACACAUCUGUCUGCAGCCAAACUGUUACUAGGUGACACAAGUCAAGAUUAUGAAGAGAAAGCUGGUAGUCAAAGAUCUGGGAAUUACACCAAUAUCAAUGAAAGACUUAUCUUUCAGCAAAGUGGACCAAAUAAUUAUAAAUUUUCUUUCAAAGAAGAUCAAGAAGUAAAGCCAUCAAAUAAACUGAAUGAACAGGUGCAUAAACCUGUAUUGGCAUGUUCAGACAAUACUUCAGUUUUAAAGCAAGUAAAAUUAGCCCAGAACACAUCAAACAAUAAUUCUGGACAUAACCAGUCUAAUGGCAGAACUAACAGCCAACAGCAAACCUCAGAAGACAUGUCCCAGGUUGCAAUACAAGCCCAUAUUCAAGGAUGGUAUCAGCGGAAACUUAUUGAAGCUGCUGAUAGGCUGAAACAAAACCACAGUUGUAGCCAAAGGAAUUCUGAACAAUAUAGUUUGAGAAAUGAGGACAACUAUUUUCAGAAACAAAAUGUAGUCAGUGGAAAGCAAGAUUUUCAUUGUCACCUUUCUGAUAAUGAGAAGCCCCAAGAUGUUGCAAAUCAAACUUUUAGUCCAAGAAACAAUUUUCAAACUCUCAGCAGUGCACAGAAAAGUCAUCUGCAUCAAUUUCAGAGCAGUGCAAAUAAAAGUUCUUAUUUUGAACAUCAGAACCCAGAUUCACCAAGAAUUAGUGGACUGGCUGUUGUUUCACAGCAAAGAGAUUUAUACCCAAGAGUACCUUUCAAUGACAGGAAUUCUUAUAGUAGUAGUAGGAAUGCACCACAGGUACCAUCAGUAGAUCAAAGCUAUGACUUGACAACUGGUACAUAUAUUAAAGGAAAGCAGGCUGCGACUUAUACUUCAGUAUUUUAUGAUUCAGUCCAAGGCAGUGAUGUGUGA